AUGAGUUAUAGAGGUGGCCGAGGUGGCCGCGGUGGUCUGUAUUAUCAUGGAAACAAUAACAACAGCAAUCAUAGCAAUUUCCAACAACAAGGCUUUAAUGCCGACCAAUACAUUUUGGAAAACUCAGUGCCCAUUGACAUCUCAGGUUGGGAUGGUGCUUCAAUGGAAGACUGUAUUGGUUUCAUUCAAAGAAAGUGUAAGGUAGCGGUAAGGAAUGCUCUGGUGGAUAUGAGCACGCAUUAUAUUCGUGGUUAUGUAAAGAAUCAACAAGAUGUCAAUACUUUAUUAAGUUGGAGUGGAGUUAAGUUUGCUGGUAAAUCAUUGAAGUUUAUGAAAAUCAACAACUCAUGUGGGAACUCAAUCAAUAAUAGCAAUAAUAAUGGUAAUUCCACUGGUAAUGUUAUAGAAGCUUUAACUCAGUUUUUGAAGUCGAGAUACCAACCGGAAAUGAAGUUGCUUAAUUUAAGCUCAGUGAAACAUGAUCCUUCCUUAUCUCAGUUAGGGUUUUUUGCAUCUUUGGCCAGUACCUCCAAGUUUUUCACUGCAUUAAUGAAAGUUGCCGGGGAUAUAAACUUGGAUGUACAAAGUAUAGAUUUGUCAGCAAACGAACUUUCCGAUUUGGCUUCACUUUCAAUUAUGGCCCACACGUUUCCUAAACUAAAAAAUCUUUCCUUACAAAAUAACAACUUAAACCGUAUCAAGUCUUUUGAAACCUUCAAGCACAAGUUGAACUUUUUAAGAGAAUUAAUUUUGGUUGGGAAUCCAGUUGUGAACGUCAAUAAUCCACAAGAUAUUGAAAAUGUUAAACUUGAAUUGAUGAAAACAUUCCCCCGUUUGAUUGUAUUGAAUGGAGAAACAUUAAGAUAUGAGCAAGCAUUAAUCAAUAAUUUGACUUUCCCAUUUGAACUUCAACAACCAAUCUUUUUCCAAGACCAAGAUAUCCAACAAGUUGCAACAAACUUUAUCACCAAUUACAUUAAUUUGUGGGACUCAAAUAGACAAGGACUUAUGGUUCUUUAUCAGGCAGAAUCCCAAUUUUCAAUGCAAAUAGAUUCAGCACACCCACAUACAUUAGAAGUGAUAAAUGAUCUGAGAAAUGGACCUUCAGGCACAGAUUUUGGUUAUUAUUUGCCAUUGUCUAGAAAUUUAACCAAGGUGUCUUCAAUCAAGUCUAGACUAAAUAGAGUUGGAAGAGGACCUGAACAAAUAUAUAAAAUGUUUACUCAGCUUCCAAAAACCAGACAUGAGUUGGUGAAUAAACCGUUAUUAUACAGUAUGGAAUGUCUGAGACUCCCUCAAUUAAAUGCCAUUAUGGUAACUUUACAUGGUUCUUUUGAAGAAGUUGCAGCUCCAGACAAUUUGGAAGCAUUGAAUUCGUCAAUUGGUGGACCAAAGGGAAGGAUGUCCCACCAUAACAGAAAUAAAAAAGUUGCAUUAAGCUCAAAAUCUUUUGAUAGAACAUUAGUGGUGAUUCCAGGUCCUAAUGGCUCAAUGAUAGUAGCCACAGAUUUGUUACUUGUUAGACCAUUCUCAAAAAUUCUGGCUUGGAAUGACCCUACAAAUAAGACAUCUGUACCAAGUACUGCUGUCCCAAAUGUGAGUACUCCUCCAUCACAUUCUGCGACUCCUCAACCACAACAGCCGCAGGUACCUUCUGGAACUCCAUCUGCUGCAGAUCUUCCCAUAGAAAUUAAGAAUAAUCUAACUCCUAUUCAGCAAGAGGUGCUUGUAAAGAUAUUACUUGAAACUAAACUCAACCUCGAGUACGGAGUAAUGCUUUGUGAGCAAAGUCAAUGGGAUUAUAAUCAAUGUAUUAUCAACUUUAGGAACUCGGUAGCUUCUCUUCCUCCACAAGCAUAUAUCAGUUAG